AUGUUUCGUGGCCUUCAAGUGGUGCGUGCCUGUGCGAAAAGUGUAGAUGUACAGUGUUAUCGGCACCUUAGCGUAGUUAAAUGUGCUCGGCAGAGGUUUUCAUCGGCGCUAUUAGCGCCACGCGGUUCACGACCAACCGAGCACGUACAACCAACGGCAUCGGACGCACUACCGGCGGCCGACGGUGCGGUACCCGUUUACCGGCCAGAUCGCGAAGAGUUGGGCGCCGAAGACGAACUGUUCAAUAAUCGCCAAAACAUAGCCAACCUGAAGGUGUCGGAGUUGCUGAAAAAUGUACCACGAACCAAAGUGGAGCGCAAGCGUUCCGCGGACGUUCCACACGAACGCACGAAGGAGCCCCAACCGGUUCACAGGAAGACGGCAAUCGAGAAAGAUACGCUCAAGAUUUUGCAACACCGGUACCAGGAUCCGUGCGAGUCAGCGGAGCGGUACGAUAAACAGCUGAAAGUGCCCUACACAAAUCUGCACUCCAACGAUGCCCGCUUCGGGGACCUUAAAAUGCUGAUCAGUUCGAGGAAGCGGCGAGAGCGAGAGAAGAUACUGGUGCUGGAGGGCAGACGCUUGAUACUGGACGGUUGCAGCGCCGGUUUACACCUGGAGGCGGUGGUGGCCAGCGAUUUGAAGCUACUCGCGGAGCUGGGGCUGAAAGGGAACCCGAAAGAUUGUCCCUUCUUUCUCGUUAGUCGGCAAACCAUGAUGGAAUGGUCUUCGCUCACGACGAGCCCCGGAUUAAUCGGUAUUUUUGCAGAGCCACCAAAUCUGGCGGAAGUGGUCGCUCGCAACACCAGCGCCAGUAAGCGUCUUCCGGUGACGGUUGUUUGUGAUAAUAUCCGCGAACCGAACAACCUGGGCAGUGUCAUACGCAGCUGUGCGGCUGUUUCGGCGGAGGAAGUAAUUCUGCUAAAAGGUUGCGCUCACCCGUGGGAUUUGAAGUGUCUGCGCGGCAGCUCGGGGGCCCACUUUCGCAUUCCGAUUCGCGGACCGAUCGAGCUGUACCAGUUGCCGGAGCAGACGCGCCCCGGUUCGAUGUUUGUGAUUGCUGACAAUAAAAAACCCGACGACGGACAGGAAGGUUUUCACUGGGAUCACUACGAUCGCAUCGAUUACGGGUGCGCCGAUCAUGUGGUGCUCUUUAUCGGCGGGGAAACAUACGGUGUUAGUGAUGAUAUCAGAAAGUUCGUCCGUCAACUCACAGCGAUGAGCGACGAUCGGGCCUACGAUCGGAAGGUUGUGGCGCACAUUCCAUUAGCGAAUGGUGUCGAAAGUCUAAACACUGCGUCGGCCCUGAGCGUGUUGCUGUACGAGAUCAGAAGGAAGCUCCAAAGUGGACCGACAGUCAGCGAGCCGGCCAGCGAAACGACCCAAUGAAGUACAUUUGC